AUGUCUUCAAAAGAAUCUCGUAGAAGAUCAAAUAGAAGAUCUCAUAGAAAACCUAAAUGGUAUUAUUGUAAAUUUAAAGAUAGUUCUACAAGUACAUCAAGUAUCACGGAUGAAGGAUCAAAUGGAAGUUCUUCAAGUGAUGAUUAUAAACAUUAUAAAUUUCGAAAGGGAGAAUACAUAAAGGAUUAUAAAGUAAGAAGACAUAUUUCUGAUGGAACAUUUGGAAGAGUAUUGAAAGUAAGAAGAAAAAAUUCAAAAUCAUAUGCCAUGAAGAUUGUGAGAAUUAAUCAUGCAGAUAGUGCUUAAUAAGAAGCAGAUAUACUAUUUUAUUUGAAAAAGAAAGACUUAAAUAGAUACUUUGUUGAAAUAAUAGAAAGUUUUUAUCAUAGAGGAUAUUAUUGUAUGGUGUUUGAGAGAGUAUUGUUUGAUAUAUAUUGAUUUUUUAGCUUGGACCAAGUUUAUAUGAUAUGUUAAGAAUGAAUCAAAAUCGUGGAAUUCCAAUGAAUUUGAUUAGAUGCAUUAGCAGAUAAUUAUUAAAAUGCAUUGGACUUUUACAUGAUUUAAAAUUAACACACACAGAUUUAAAACCAGAGAAUAUUCUUUUUAGUAAAAUACGUUAGUUAUAAAAAGGACAAAAUGACAUGUAAGAAAUACUUUUAAAUUUUAUUAGGUAUCUACCAGCGGAUCACAAGAUCAAGAUUAUUGACCUCGGUGGAGCAGAGUUCGAUGAUGAAGACCAUAAUUGUAUAAUUAAUACACGUCAAUAUAGAGCUCCUGAGGUUCAGUUGUAAUGUUGUAAAUGGGAUUAGAAAAGUGAUGUAUGGGGAAUAGCUUGUAUUAUAUUUGAAAUGUACAAAGGUAGGAAUGAAAUUUAAAAUAUUAGGUCAUUUACUAUUUUAAACUAGAAAGAAUGAAUUUGAACAUAUGGCUUUGGUUGAGAAAAUAACAGAAUAGAACUUUCCUUAUUGGAUGGCAAGUAAUGUGAAAGGAAGCUUAAAAUAUUGUUUUAAUACAAAAAAUGUUAUCAAUGGAAAAUACUAUUAAUGGCCAUAAGGAACAACUACUAAAGAUAGCAUACUUAAGGUCAAGAAUUAACAAACUUUAAGGGAGAUGAUACUCGAUCCAUUACUUAGAGAUUUAUUAUAAAAAAUGUUAGAAAUAGAUCCAAAUAAAAGAAUCAGUUGUUUCUAAGCAUUGAAUCACAAAUUCUUUUGUAAUUGA